CUCAGCACAUAUCUUAAACGGCCUGGUUCUGGCCCCUGUGCUACCUGCUACUGAAGGACUUCACACACACACACACACACACACACACACACAAAACGUCACUUCUGUGUUCUAGUAGGUAGUGGAGUGUGAACAGGGUGGAGUCUCAAGGGGAAGAAAGGGGCCACAGGACAUCUUGGCCCAGCCCUAGUACCCAGAGAUGUCGCCACCACUGCUGCUGCUGCCGCUGUGCCUGCUGCUGCUGGGGAAUUUGGAGCCUGAUGGAGCCACACUGAUCCGAGUCCCUCUUCGCCGAAUCCACCCUGGACACAGGAUCUUGAGCCCACUGAAUGGAUGGGAACAGCCCGCAGCGCUUUCUAGGCCCCCCACCUCUGGUGGCAGGCCCUCCCUUGUGCCGCUCUCCAAGUUCAUGAAUGUCCAGUAUUUUGGAGACAUUGGUUUGGGAACGCCUCCUCAGAAUUUCACAGUUGUCUUUGACACGGGUUCUUCCAACUUGUGGGUUCCGUCCACGAGAUGUCAUUUCUUCAGUUUGGCCUGCUGGUUUCACCAUCGUUUUAAUCCCAAGACCUCCAGCUCCUUUCGGCCCAAUGGGACCAAGUUUGCCAUUCAGUAUGGGACCGGACGGCUGAGUGGGAUCCUGAGUCAGGACACUCUGACUAUCGGGGGGAUCCACAGUGCUUCCGUGACAUUUGGAGAGGCUCUGUGGGAGCCCAGCCUGGUUUUUGCCUUCGCCCGCUUUGAUGGGAUCCUGGGCCUCGGCUUCCCCACUCUGGCAGUGGGCGGAGUUCAGCCUCCGCUGGACGCUCUCGUGGAGCAGGGGCUGCUGGAGAAACCCAUCUUCUCCUUUUACCUCAACAGGGAUUCCGAAGGGUCUGAUGGGGGAGAGCUGGUCCUGGGGGGCUCAGACCCGGCUCACUACGUACCCCCCCUCACCUUCAUACCAGUCACCAUCCCCGCCUACUGGCAGGUCCACAUGGAGAGUGUGAAGGUUGGCACAGGGCUGAUGCUCUGUGCCCAGGGCUGUGGUGCCAUCCUGGACACAGGCACCUCCCUCAUCACAGGACCUAGCGAGGAGAUCCGGGCCUUGAGUAAAGCCAUUGGGGGAUUGCCCCUCCUGACUGGGCAGUACCUCAUUCAGUGUUCCAAGAUCCCAGAGCUUCCCCCUGUCUCGUUCUGCCUCGGUGGAGUCUGCUUUAACCUCACAGGCCAGGACUAUGUCAUCAAGAUUCUUCAGGGAGACGUUGGCCUCUGCCUGUUGGGUUUCCAGGCCUUGGAUAUCCCCAAGCCUGAGGGACCCCUCUGGAUCCUCGGAGACGUCUUUUUGGGGCGCUAUGUGGCCGUCUUUGACCGAGGGGACAAAAACAUCGGCCCGCGUGUGGGACUGGCGCGUGCUCGGUCUCGUGCAGCGGGACCGGCAGAAAGAAGGGCUACGCAGGCGCAGUUCCUCAGAAGACGCCCUGGUUAGAGUACAUACACACAGGGCCACAGCAGCUAUGCUUCUUUCCAAUUAAAAAAAAAUCAACUUUC